AUGCCGGCGGCUGGGGGAGCCGGGAGGUCCUGCCUCCGCGUCGACUGGCCCUCUGGCUCCGGUGGCUCGGCCCUCUCUGAUGCCGUCUCGGCCUUGAAGCGAGCGCUGGGCCGGUCCCCCUGUGCCGCAGCCUGUGAGCAGGGGCCGGGCACAGCCGCGCUGCCCGAGGAUGUCAUCUGUAAAGUGCACUUGAAGAGCUUCAUGGAGCAGCAGGGCUUGGUGGGCUACGACCCCAACCUAGAUGUCCUUGUCGUGACAGAGGGGAAGCUGCGGUCACUGGCUGAGCUGCAGCAAGCCGUUCUGCAGUGCACGGCUGGAGGCCAGGGGAGCUGCUGCAGCAUCGUGCAUGUGGUGAGCUGUGAGGAGGAAUUCCAGCAGCAGCAGCUGGAUCUGCUCUGGAAGAUUUUGGAUCCAGGAGCCCACACAGCUUUGCAAAAACACCUUGUCUGUGGGCCAGUGAAGGUGACAAACCCCUCAUCGCCCAUCGGGGCAGACCAGUACUUCCAGCUCCGAAAGCGCCAGAUGUACAAAGCUUCCGUGAUGAAGUAUGGGGAGCUUGCGCAAGAUGAGGCCUGGACUGAGGUGAUUGAUACCCUCACAGUGGCUGCCAUCAGGUUUGAGAUGCUGAGCACCGCUCACCGGAGUCAGAUCACCCUGGACCUGGAGGACAGCAGCAUCUCCACAAAGGGAACCAAGAGCGGUGCCUUCGUGAUGUACAACUGUGCCCGCCUGGCUACACUCUUCGACACCUACCAGCAGGCUGUGGAGCGGGGCACGUACCCACCUCUGCUGCCAGCGUCAGAACUGAACUUCUCCUGCCUCCGGGAAGAGGGUGAGUGGCUCCUGCUCUUCAACUAUCUCCUGCCCUUCCCUGAAGUCCUGCAGCAGGCAGCACAGCUGCCCCCACCCAGCAAAGGGAUCCGGAUCACAGCCAACACAGAGAUAGUGUGCAAGUUCCUGAUCCAGCUCAGCAUGGAUUUCAGCUCCUACUACAACCGGGUCCACGUCCUGGGGGAGCCGCUCCCUCACCUCUUUGACCAGAUGUUUGCCCGCCUCCGACUGCUGGGAGCAGUGAGGGACAUGUUCCACAGUGCACUGGCGACCCUGCACCUCCCUCCUCUCAGCCAGAUCUGAGCCACCACUGAAGAGCCGUGCCACGGUGUGACAGGCACCAGGACAAUGAUCCACAAGGGGAAAGACAGGGCGAGGGGCUGCCUGACGGUCAGGCAGGGAGUCAGGGCACGCCUCAGCCCCACGCAGGUGCUUCCCCCUCCUGCUGCCACAUUUUGAGGGUUUGGCUACAUGCACCCCACGGCUGUGCCCAGCGUGGGAGAUGGGUGCACUUGCCAUGUCCGCACCAGCAGGAUGCCUGUGGCACCCUGCAAGCUGGGCUGGGGAGCGCCGGGGGAGGCAGCACCAGGGCACCACAAAGCCAGGCACCAACCUCGCUUCCCUCAAAGCCGUUUAUUGAAGGUUGCUCCAUGCUGGCAGGGAGCUCCUGAGGCUCAAGGCUCCUGUUGGGCCCUGGGCCAGGCCCCGAUACCAGGGUCCAAUACACUUGUUGC